AUGGGGAACAGCUGCGUCGGCGCCGGCCCCAACGGCGCCGGCCGCAGCGGCUUCCUCGCCUCCGUCGCCAUAUGGCGCGCGAAGCCCGCCGAGCCGGCGCCGGCCCCCGACACCUCCCCGGCGUCCACCUCCGAGCAGAAGGCGCCCGAGCCCGUCACUAUCCCGCCCGACGAGCACUCCUCCUCGCACGGCGGCGUGCGCUCCUCCGACCCGCCGCCCCCCAAGCGCGCCGAGACGCAGCGGCAGAUGUCGAUGGCCCCCACGGCGAAGAAGCCCGUGCCCAAGGUCAAGCGCGUCCAGAGCGCCGGCCUCCAGGCCGACUCCGUCCUCAAGCGCGACGUCAACACCGCCAAACUCAAGGACCUCUACACCAUCGGCAAGAAGCUGGGGCAGGGCCAGUUCGGCACCACCUACCUCUGCGUCGAGAAGGCCACGGGGAAGGAGUACGCCUGCAAGUCCAUCGCCAAGCGGAAGCUGCUCACCGAUGAGGACGUCGAGGACGUGCGCCGCGAGAUCCAGAUCAUGCACCACCUGGCCGGCCACAGCAGCGUCGUCUCCAUCGUCGGCGCCUACGAGGACGCCGUCGCCGUGCAGCUUGUCAUGGAGCUCUGCGCCGGCGGCGAGCUGUUCGACAGAAUCAUCCAGAGGGGGCACUACUCCGAGAAGGCCGCGGCGCAGCUCACCAGGGUGAUCGUCGGCGUCAUCGAGGCGUGCCACUCGCUCGGCGUCAUGCACAGGGAUCUCAAGCCCGAGAAUUUCUUGUUCAUCAAUAAUCAGGAGGACUCGCCGCUCAAGGCCAUUGAUUUCGGGCUCUCCAUCUUCUUCACACCAGGUCAGAUGUUUACAGAUGUAGUUGGAAGUCCAUACUAUGUUGCACCUGAGGUUCUUCUAAAGAACUAUGGGCGUGAAGUUGACGUCUGGAGUGCUGGUGUAAUAAUCUAUAUCUUGUUGAGUGGGGUUCCUCCAUUCUGGGACGAAAGUGAACAAGGGAUAUUUGAACAAGUUUUGAAAGGUGAGCUGGACUUUACAACUGAUCCCUGGCCUAGUAUCUCAGAGAGUGCGAAGGAUUUGGUCAGGAAAAUGCUUAAUCGUGAUCCAAAGAAGAGAUUGACUGCCCACGAAGCGCUAUGUCACCCUUGGGUUUGUGUUGAUGGAGUUGCUCCUGAUAAACCUCUUGAUUCUGCUGUCCUAAGUCGGUUAAAACAAUUUUCUGCAAUGAAUAAACUUAAGAAAAUGGCCCUUAGGGUUAUUGCCGAGAGUUUGUCUGAAGAAGAGAUUGCAGGAUUGAAAGAAAUGUUUAAAAUGCUAGACAGUGAUAACAGCGGUCAUAUCACAUUGGAUGAGCUAAAAACUGGCUUGCGGCGAGUUGGUGCUACUCUGAUGGACUCAGAAAUUGAUGCUUUAAUGGAAGCAGCCGAUAUAGAUAAUAGUGGUACCAUUGAUUAUGGGGAGUUCAUUGCUGCAACUAUGCAUAUGAACAAAGUUGAGAAGGAGGAUAAGCUCUUUGCAGCCUUCCAAUACUUUGAUAAAGACGGCAGUGGUUACAUUACUCAAGAUGAGCUCCAAAAGGCAUGUGAGGAGUUUGGUAUUGGAGACACCCGUAUUGAAGAUAUUAUCGGAGAUGUCGAUAAGGACAAUGAUGGAAAGAUCGACUACAAUGAGUUUGUCGAAAUGAUGCAGAAAGGAAAUAAUCCACUGGGUAGAAAAGGACAGCAAAGCAAUGUGAACUUUGGUCUUGGAGAUGCACUGAAGCUUCGGUAA